AUGGAGGCCACUGGAACAAGGCUUAAGAAACUGCCACAGGAGUGCAGAGAGGCUGCCCUGGCCCAGGUAGCAUUGCUCUCUCAGUUGAGAGGGGCUGUUGCUGAGAAUAGGGACACUCUGGAGCAUCUGGAGGACCAGUGGAGCAGUGCUGCCCAGGAUGCAGCUAAUAUUAUCCAGAGUAAGGAGGCUCAGCUGCAGAUGGUCACUGAUUAUUGCCAGCACAUCCAAACAGCUAAGAAUGCGGUGGACAAAGCAACCGCAGAACUGGACGCUCUUCAAACAUCCCCUCAGGAGAGCAGCUCCAAGGAGGCAGAGCAACUAGGCUCCUUACAAAGAAGUAUGGAGGAGAACAGAACAGCACUUGGAGAGCUGCUUGUGACCCAUAGCAAAUUGUGCCCCCACCUUACCCGGUAUGAGCGAGCAAUUGCAGAGACUGAGCAGAAGAACCUACAAGAGAGGUGGAGAGUUCUGGAAAGAACUGUGGAGAGUAUGCUUCAUCACACACGUGCCCGUUCUCACAAGACCAGCAACCUCCUGUCAGAGUUAUCAGAUUUGCAGGAACACUUGGAAGUGAUCAUUAAAGACCUUGAAGCCAAGUUUCCAUCAGUUACUCAGUGGAACUGCAAGAAGGCUCGACAGCUGAUGGAGGCAAACGCUGAGGUUAAAGCAGCCCAGCAGAAGUACCUCCAUUUACAACAGCUGUCAGAGCUGUUGCUAUUUAGUCCACAGUGGGAGAUGGAAACAAAGGAGAUCCAUCAGGGACUCCAGAGCGUUAAGGACAAAAUUUCUCAUACAGAGGAACUUUUGGCUGCCCAAACCCUGAACAGCAACAGCCCUAUCAUGGAGAAAAUUGUCAUAGUGAUGAGGGAAGGCCUGGCCUGGGCCAGGCAGACAGAGAGUGAUAUUGAGGGCAGGAAAAAGAGAGUAGCUCUUCUCCCCGAGGAAGUUCACCGGCAGCUCAGGGAUCUGAAGAAGCUGCAAUCUGAGGUGAUGGCCAAACAAGGUCAGCUGGAGUCACUGGCGGAGGAAAUGACUGAACUCCUUCCACAGCUGGACCAGGUUGAAGAGGUGCCUAUGGUGCAGAGUCUUCUGAAAUGUCUUGAAGAACUCUCAAAGUCCACCAAUGAGAAGCUGUCCAAAGCUGUGAAAGAGGUGGAAUCAGGACUACAGACCAGAGAAAAGCUAUCUGAACAGAUUGCCGAUCUAGACUCCUGGGUUAUGGCUCAUCUGCAAAGAGAAGCAUCCCGGGGUCCAGACAGUGAGCUCAGGAGCCCUGCUGAACUUGAUCGCAGAACCCGCCAAAUCCAAGAAACCCUGGAUGAGGCUGAGAAGCAGGAAGCAGUCUGUGAGGCUCUUUUUAUUAAGAGCAAAGAUAUCACUUCUGAAUUCAGUGUCACAGAGAACUGUCAGCUUUUUGACAAGCUUACCAACCUCCAGGAGAAUAUCAGAACCAUUAGCAGCCAAGAGAAAAAUAACAAGAAGGAGCUGAAUGAACUCACCCAGACUUUAGAUUCAAGCAAGAAAAAACUUGUCACUGUUGAAAACAGUCUAAGGCAGAUGUUGGUGGAUCUAAGCAGACACAGGUUCCCCAUUACAAGAGAGUCCCUGCAAGCUUUAGAGCCUUUCAAGCACAUGAUUUUGGAACACAAGUCGCAAGUUGACCUCCUGCAACCCUGGAUUCCCAAUGAGAAGACAAAAGAACUGAACUCUGUCAUCUCUGAGCUGCACAGCAAAAUGUGUGCCCUAGAAAUGAAAGCCAGGGACCAAGAGAGGUACCUAAACAUGAGGCAAUGCGUCGAGGAUCUCAGGGAAAGCAUUCAGGAACAGGUGCACCAGACAAAAGAAGAUGGCAAUGACACAGACGAGAAGUACAGAAUCUGUCAGAACCUUCUUAUCCAGUUUCAUCUGAUGAAGGGAUUGUGUGAAGAGGCUCGCUCAAAACUACACACAAUCUCUGCUGACCUCUACCCUUCACAGCUGACUGCAGAGCAACAAAGGCUUAAGCAAAAUGAGGAGAGUCUUAGCACCUUGGAGAUGACACUCUAUAACAACCUCAGCAUCAUUGAGUGGAACCUGCUGAUGGACCUGGACCUGGAAUCAGAGAGGAAAGCCACUAAGGCCUUCCUCUUAAAGACCCAGAAAGAGUUUGAGAAACUUCCCACGUUGGAGCCAAAUGACACAGCAAUUAACAGAGAAUAUGAGAGAGUGGUGUCUCUGACAAAGACUGUGGAGUCAAGAAUGAGAGCACUGGGGGUGCUGGAGCAAAAGAAGGGAAAGAAAAAAAGAAGUGGAUCUCAAGACUUGAUGGACUUGAAGAAUGCAGUCCUCGGUCAAUGUGAAUCCCACAUGGAGAACAUCACUCAGGCCAGGGAGUCACUGAGAAGCUACACCUGUUCUGUUAAACAGGCUGUACAGUUCCUGAGGGAUAUUGAGGUGUCUAUGCUGCCACCUCAGGGCUCUGCUGGGGUCUGCGGUGACAGAGUCGAGGAGACCCAGCAGGCUUUAGCCUCACUCCAGCAGCAAUUUCAAAUUCAUGUGGAACAGCUCCAAGACCAGACUGCUCUGCAUCCAUACCUGUCCCCACUGAAGGUGGAGCAGCUCCAAGAGAGUAUUCUGAGCCAACUCCUGGUGAUGAUGUCCACUCUCCAGGCAAAGGGCCAUGUGAAGUUGGAGUGUCUCAGCAGGUGUGCAGAGCAGCACAGAAAUUAUAUCAAGUGCAAAGAAGAAAUCAUGCAGAGCGUGAAGAGUACAGCGAACAGACUCUUACAGCUCAUCACUCAGAAAGUCACCUGUCUCACUGACUGCACUGACCAGGAGGCAAAUCUUAGAGCACUUGCAGAGGAGAUGGAGGCCCUCCUGAGACGUCUGGAAGAGCUGCAGGAGUGGUGUUCAGAGCAGAGCUGUCGCGGAAGCAGGGAGACCACCAUGACUUGUAUCUGGAGAUGGGUAUUAAGACUACGUCACUGCACACAGGAGCUGACAACUCGUAGCAAACAGAGAAUCAGAGAAUGGAGUGAUAUCUCAGACAGCGUGGAGAAGGCCUCUGUGUUACUGCAGGGAGUGGAGGCAGAGCUUCCUGACAGCUCCAAGGUGAAGGCAUCUACCGAGGAGCUUCAGGACGUGCUGCAGUCCUGGGAACAGUACCAGGACAGGCUGGACUGUGAACACAGAGCGCUGUCUGCACUGGAACUGCGCACUGCCAGGCUGCUGGGUGUCCAUGCCCACCUGGAGCAGGCUCCUCCUAUUCAACUCUGUCAGCAGCUGCAAGCAAUGCAGGGCCGAUAUGACAAUGUGAAGCAGAGAAGCAGGGAGGGUUUGCAGGCAGCUAGGCAGGAGCUGGAGGACAGAGAAAAGGUGCGAGAGGAGCUGCAGGGUAUCCGGGUUUGGCUGAAGGCUGCUGCAUCUCUUCUGACAGAGAUGGAGCAGAGCAGCAGCACACAGGAGCUGCAGGCGCUCUACAGCCAGCUGUGUACCCAGAAGUCUUUGCUGCACCGUAUCAUGGAGAACCUGAAGAUGAAAUACUCAGAUAUGUACACUUUGGUCCCGGCUGAGAUUGACAGCAAAAUGCAGGACAUCACUAAGUCUCUGCAGCAAGUAGAAGAAAAGGUGGGAGAGGCGAUAGAGAGGAGCGGUCCUGUUCACAGGUUGGGCGCGAGGAUGUCUGAUAUCGAGGCUGGCCUGAGAUCUGUUCAGAAGAGACUGGAACAGAGGAGCCCCACUGUGACUCAAGCAAAGAUCACUCAGAAGCGUGCCUGGGACGAGCUGGAUGCGUGGCACUCGCGUCUGGCAGCGCUGGAAGUGGACAUGCAAGACUUAGAGAAGCCUGAGGAGGUGCUGAUCCUCACAGAAAGACUAGUGGAGGUUCAGCAGCUUCACUCCCAGCUGGCCAAACAGGCAGAGCAGAGGACCACCCUGAUCAGCAAGAUUCAAACGUGGCUUCAGGAACAUCAAGAGAUGGUCAAAAGCUCCAAGAGCUGGAUGUCCGAGGCUCAGUCGUGGCUUGCCGCUCCCUGCACCUACACCACAGCUAAAUGUUUGAGCAGUCACGUUCACGCCCUGCAGUUGGUCCUGGAUGAUUCAGUCCAGAUCAGAAACACACUGCAGGGCUUCAGCUCGGUCCUGAAGGAAAUGUCGCAGGUUUGUGAUGUCACAGCUCUCCAGAAACAGCUGGUCGAAGCAGAUCGCCAAGUGGCCGACGUUCAGGACAGCUUCACAGCUCCUCUGUCUCAGCUGGAGCAUGCUGCCGCUGAGGUGGAGGCGAUUGAGAGUGAAGUCAAGCGGAUGGAGAAUGAUGUCGCAGAGAUCAAGAACUUGCUAUCUUCUCCAGAGAGUUUUCCCAGCCCCAGAGAGGACAGUUUAAAGGCGGUUGAGCAGAGGAUCCAGUCGAUGAGAAGAACAGUAGCUGAGAUCCAGAAAUGUAAGCCAGGCCUUUGUCUUCCUGAGAAGGCUGAAGAAACUCUGACUGUCUUUACUGUGGUGGACCAGCUCCAGACUCUGCUGCUGGAACUGGAGAAGAAGGUUCCUGCGUUAUUUAUCCAGCUGCCUCCAACUCCCACACAAGCCAAAGCUCAGGCGGCCCAACAGACGACCCCUGAACUCAAAACAUCUGCAUCUGAAAAAGCUACAUCUGAGGAGGCUGAGGAAGAGCAGGGUCAGAUCAGAAUUGCUCGUGUUCAGGAGGAUGUACUGCGGAGGUCUGGAGCUACACUGCUCACUGUGGAGCAGUCCUCACCUGAACAAAGGCAGGCCCCAACACCUGAUAUUACCCAGCAGCGGAAGCAUCAAGGCGUGCUCCAGGCUGAAGAAGCCACAGAAAAAAAAAGCAGUGAGGAACAGAGAGUGGAAGAAGGUGGAGGAGGUUUUUAUUGGUGGCUCUGGGAUGUUUUCCUGGGCUCUUCACCAGAGGAACCUGUGGUUGUUGCCUCAGAAGAGACUGAAGCUGCCACUGGACAAAGCACUGAACAGCCUACAGAAGACACAAAGGAUGUUGAGGGCACCACUGACACCACAGAAACAAGUUCAUCUGAAGCUUUAUCAAAACCCCUGGGCGCAGUCACAACUCAGUCACUGCCUGAGAGUAUGGUAAACACAUCGCCGACCGUAAAAGUCUCCAAAUCCAGCUCUGGGUCACAGCAGAAAUGUGUAGUCUCCUAGAUCUAGAACUUGUAGAACUGCAUCUUUUUUUUCUCAUCAAUCUAAACCUAGAACCAUUUCUGUGCAAAAUCUCCAAGCACACCUCAAAGCGAGCCUAGAGGCCACUGUUUGAAGACUUAUAGACCUUUCAUGUCUUUGCUGGCAAUAACGUCUACGCAGCAUCGUAAAUCUGUCACCUUUUUCUGGAUCUAGUUUGAAAACAGUUCUAGAAUCAAGAUUUCUAUUCUUUCUCUAUAGUCCCCUAGAUUGAUUCCUCCAACUUUUUCUAUUCUAGCCUCUAUUUCUGAGCCACUAGAUGUUGGAUUGACCUCCCACAUUACUCCAGACCAGAGGCUUUACUGCCUUCUGUUGUACUCAUAUUGGGAGUCAUUUCUUUUUUUGAGCGAGCGGUAGCGUCUCGCUUUUCUCAAAAUAGUGGUUUUGUAAAGCCUUUGUAGAACCAAACGACUCCUUUACAAGAAACAACUCUAGAACACCUACUUAUCAUUGAAAUCAUUUAGAGUACCCCUCUCCUCUAGAAUGUUGUAGAACGAGUCCUGUUUGUUCCUGUUUUUCUUUGACAGCAAAACUUAGAGCUCCUGUCUUCUUGUAGAACUAAACCAAGGACACUUUUUCUUCUAGAACCAGUUCUAGAGCUCCUGAUGUUAGGGUUCUUUUAGACAUGUCUCACAGUGCAUUUACAUGGCACAUGAUUGCUUAAAAUUGUUUACAUUUGAAUCCUUUAUUAUGUCUUACUGCAUGGCAAAAACUAAAGUGCAGGAAAGAACCAAAGCAGAGGUUUGCCAAAUAAGUAUGUUUCAAGUUUAUUUUUGAGUUUAGACAAAGGAUUACUGAGCUUGCAGAGAAAUCUGCUUAUUCUUUGACAAGUCAACACCACUGACACGUGGUUCAGGAUGACACAGCACUACAUCUGCUACAAAUGGGAAGUGGUUGCUGAUGGUUACCGUUUUACCCCCCAAGAAAACUGAAAGUAGGCGGGUGGUAUUUUGUAUGUGUGGUGGAUGUUUUUAACAGUCUGUAUUAAGCCUUUGCCUUAGCAUGGACCUUUAUUCUGAUGGGCUAGUUUUAUUAAAACAGAAACAAAGUGUAUUAAUAGACACAUAUUGUGAGCCAUGUUUUAUAAUGUAUCUUAUAGGGAAUGGUGAUUUAAAAUGUUAAAACUUUUUGAUUGUUGACCUUUUCAUUUACCAUCUGGGCUGAUUUACCAGCAAAUGCAGAGCAUAUGUGAUAAAAUAAAUAUUUCUUUAGUUGCUUCUGUGCAUCUGCCAUUUGUAUUUCCAUAAGCUCAUAAAGUGGGGUGUGUUGUUUACAGAUGUGAUUGACUCGAUCACUGCCUUGCAGCAGGACAGUGUGGAUAAUGAUUCCUGCUUUGUCAUGAAUAAAUAAACUAAUAAAUAUUAUCACUCUUUAAAAUA